AACCCCUCUGUGCAGAUGGAUAACCAGUUCCCUCCUAGGAAAGUCCCAAGUUUUUGUUCCUUCCGCUAUGGACUGUCUCUUCUCUUGCACGCCUGUAACAGCAUCAUAAUGUCCCAGCGCAUGUGUCUGAGCCUCACAAUGGUAGUCAUGGUGAACAGCACAGACCCACACGGUGUGCCCAACAGCUCCACGGAGGAGAACCUGGAUGUCAUAAAGAACCCUGUGUACAACUGGAGUCCUAAAACACAGGGCAUCAUCUUCAGUUCCAUCUUCUAUGGCAUACUCAUCAUCCAGAUUCCUGUGGGAUACUUGUCUGAAAAAUACUCCAUCAAAAAAAUGAUUGGCUCUGGAUUGUUCCUCAGCUCUCUAUUUAGCCUGAUCCUGCCGAUGGCCGCUGAAGGUGGAGAAGUUUGGAUCAUUGCAUGCCGGGCAGCACAGGGAGUUUUCCAGGGGUCGGCAUUAAUAGCGCAGCACGUGAUAUGGGUCAAGUGGGCUCCUCCCUUGGAACGAGGCCGACUUACCUCCCUGAGUCUAUCAGGAAUUCUGCUGGGGUCUUUCAUUGUUCUGCUUGUGACUGGGUUCAUCUGCCAAUCCCUGGGCUGGCCCAUGGUCUUCUAUAUUUUUGGGGCCUGUGGCUGUGGCAUAAGUCUUCUCUGGUUCCUUCUGUUCUACGACGACCCCAAGACCCAUCCAUGUAUAAGCGUCAGUGAGCGGAACUACAUCCUGUCGUCCCUCCACCAGCAGCAGAGCAGCUCAAGUACACGGUCUCUGCCAAUCAAGGCCAUGGUCAAGUCUCUCCCACUCUGGGCCAUUGUGGUCGGUACUUUUAGUUUUCACUGGACAAAUACCAUCAUGCUCUUCUACACUCCGAUGUUUGUUAACUCCAACCUUCACGUGAAUGUAAAAGAGAACGGGCUGCUGUCGGCCCUCCCCUAUUUGUUUGCCUGGAGCUUUGGGAUCCUCGCUGGUCACACUUCAGACUUCUUCCUGUCCAGGAACAUUCUCGGCUUAAAUACCAUCCGGAAACUCUUCAACACGCUAGGGCUUCUCCUGCCUCCUUUCUUCGGCCUGUGCCUGAUGUACCUGAGUUUCAGCUUCUACAGCACCGUCGUUUUCCUGAUACUCACUGCUUCCACAGGAAGCUUUUGCAUGGGCGGGCUACUUAUAAAUGGCUUGGAUAUUGCUCCCAGUUACUACGGAUUUCUUAAGGCAGUGACGACUGUAAUUGGAAUGGUAGGAGGACUGAUUUCCUCCAUUCUUUGUGGAAUGAUCCUGAAUGAGGAUCCAGAAUCUGCCUGGUUUAAAAUUUUCUUCCUGAUGGCAGGCAUUAAUGUGAUAAGCCUACUUUUCUGUCUCAUAUUUGGGAAAGCGGAAAUUCAGGACUGGGCUAAAGACCGACAGGAACACACACGCCUCUGAAGCGGUGAAUGUCACAAAGAGACAUCCAGACACACUGUGCACACCCUGAGGCCAGAAUGCACCACUGCCAGGGUCUUGCUAAGAACAUCAACGGAGUACAAUCAAAUCUGUAGAUAAUAGUGCUGUUUUGCAAGGAAGACAGAGACUAGGGAAUAGGGAAUGCGUUCAACAAAAUCCUAAGGACAUCGUCAGCAAAUCUAAAUGGUGGGAAUUUUACAAGUCAAAAGCCUUAUUAGAUUUUUUAACAGAUAAAUUAUAAAGAAAAACAAGGGACAGAAGGGGAAGCCUCUAGAUUAAAAGCGACUUUAAUACUACAUGGCAAUGAGAAAGAAUGACAUCUGGCCAUGUGUAGCAACA